AUGCCUCCACGAAGAGAAGUCAAAAGUCGUCCUGCUAGGAGAAAUGUCAAGGAACAAAGGGUACCUAAUGCACUAGAAGUGCAACCCCAAGGAGUGGUCACCAAUGUUGAAUUCCGUGAAGCUAUCUGGAUGUUAAGUCAAGUUGCGACCUAUCAAGUUGGACAGAGAGAUAAUCGACAGGAAGUGGCAGAUACUUCAAGGAUCUGUGAGCUUUCAAGGUUGAACCCACCAAGCUUCACAGGUUCAAGUGUCAUUGAGGAUCUGGAGAACUUCAUGGAGGAGCUGAAAAGGUUGUCUGACGUGACGCAUGUUGCCGAUACGGAGAGGGCGGAACUGUCAAGCAAGGAAGGCAAGGCAACUAUGCUAAUAGGGGAUAUGGACCUAAUAAGGCUUAUGAUUCAUGUACAACAAGUUGAGGAGGAUAAGCUAAAGGAUAGAGAAUAG